UCUCUAUUUGAAUUUUCUUGAGAAAAAAGGUCAAAUCUUUGGUACUAAACAACCCUAAAAAUCUCAUCUUUUUUAGUUUUUACCCUGAUACAGUGUCAGAUUAUAGAGAAAGAUGAAUAAAGUUAUUGACUUGCUUUAUGCUAUAAUCGUUUUGUAUCAUCCUAUUAUCCCUACCAAUGUCAGGGUUCAGUUAUAGCCUAUGGAGGGAGGGGCUAGAAAAGUAAGAAAGGGACUUUCUUUUGUGUCUUUAUUGUCAUAGCCUUAAAGGGUGUCUCUUGUUUAGCCACUGUUUGUUUCAAAGCCCUCUGUGCUGCUGCUGCUUUGAUAACCUCGGUAAUCUGGAGGAAUUCAUGGCUAUGUCACAGCUUUUCUCUGCCUUUUUCUUGGGCUGUGUGUGUAUCUCCAUUGUUACUGAGAGUUAUUUCACCAACCUGGAGCUACUUGUGUAUCUUAUCAGGGUCCUGAGUUGUUUCAGUUCUGAAUCUCCUGCUGCAUGGUGAUUUUAUUGGAAAAUACUGAAGGCUGAACUUACUUAGUUGUUAAUGGCAUCAACAUCUUGUAUCAGUACGAGUCCAUUACCCAUGAAUGAGGGAGCUCCGAGCUAUAUUGCAUAUCCUCCUCCUCUAACAGAAUAUAAGAAUGUUGUUGACGAUGCCACGCUCUUCUUGUCUACCUUGGAGAAGCUCCACGCUGAUCUGGGUACCAGGUUGAUGAUUCCAGUUAUUGGGGGAAGAGAUGUAGAUUUGCAUCGCCUCUUUGUUGAAGUCACUUCUCGCGGAGGGUUAGCAAAAAUGAUUAAAGAGAGAAGAUGGAAAGAAGUAACCUCAGUUUUCAAUUUUCCAUCAACAGCUACAAAUGCAUCUUUUGUGUUGCGGAAGUAUUAUACUUCAUUGCUCUACCAUUACGAACAAAUUUACUAUUUUAGAGCCCGGGAAUGGGACCCUGCUGCUGCUGAAGCUUUGCAGGGUCCAUCAACCCCAGUUCCUUUUCCAAAGAUUCAGAAAUUGCAGCCUUCAUCAGAAAUUCAACCAGCUGUCUUUCAACAGUCAAAUGUUAAUGCUGCUAAACUCCCUGAAGCAUCUUCGGCAGGGCAUCCAGUCAUUGGGGUCAUUGAUGGGAAAUUUGACAGUGGGUAUCUAGUAACUGUCACAAUUGGAUCUGAGAAACUCAAAGGUGUGCUAUAUCAAGCUUCACAGAACCCUGCAUUGCCAGCAUCUCAUCAGAGUGCUUCGGCUCAUGACAACAAUGCAUCUGCUUCAUUGGGUGUCCAUCGUCGCCGACGCAGGAAGUCAUCAGAGAUAAGAAAGAGUGAUCCUGCUCUUCCAAAACCGAACAGAAGUGGAUACAAUUUCUUCUUUGCUGAACAACAUGCAAGACUAAAGCCACUUCACCAAGGGAAGGACAGAGAGAUGAGUAGGACAAUUGGUGACCUCUGGAACAAGUUACAAGAAUCAGAAAAGACAGUUUAUCAAGAGAAGGCUAUGAAGGAUAAAGAGAGGUACCAUGCUGAAAUGGAGGAUUAUCAUGAGAAACUGAAGAUGGACCUAGUUAUCAGUGACGCCGUGCCACUUCGACAACGAUUUCCUGAACCGGAUACAGACAUGUUGGAUGCUGACGCGAAAUUGGAUGAUGCUCAGGCAGAUUCUCUUCAAACUGUGGAGGAGAGCAGUUUUGGUGAAAGUGACUAUGAAGUUGAUAAAGCUGGGGAGAGAGAUUUCAAUGUGGAUUCAUGAAAGUACCUGUUUGGGUUCAGAAGAGAAGUCAUCUAAGGGGGGUUUAUGAGCUUCAGCAGGUUCAGGAAGAUGGAUGAGAGAUGAGGUUAACUGGCACUAAUUUUCUGCACAGAGAAAUAUCUUGUGAUUUUUUUUAGCUUUGUUGCUGUGAAAAUUUGAAGUAGGAUUGAGUUGCAGUGCUUAACUGCUUGUUCUUAAUCAAAGUGCUUAACUGGGUUUUGUCAUUUUAGUACUUAACUUCAGGUCUUCAUUUCUGCUUCAUGUUAUUUUACAUUUUAACAUGCUGGAUGCUAACUAA